AUGGAGUCCCAACUCCACCACAACCCACCUUGUGUCACCAUUGAAAACCCACUGGAAACCGCCACCUGUGCCCCGACCACCUCCAUUCCACAGCCCAACAUCCUGCAAAACAUGAAAAAUAAUUUGGUUUUCAGUUCGAAAUGGGCUGAAUUGAAUGGUGCAAUGGGGGAUUUGGGCACAUACAUUCCUAUAGUCUUGGCCUUGACACUGGCCAAGGACCUUAACCUUGGAACCAUACUAAUUUUCACUGGUGUCUACAAUAUUGUCACAGGGGCAAUAUAUGGUGUCCCAAUGCCAGUACAACCCAUGAAGUCAAUUGCUGCAGUUGCCAUAACAGAUCCCGAUUUCGGGGUCCCGGAGGCGAUGGCUGCUGGAAUUUGCAUUGUCGGGAUCUUAUUUGUUUUGGGCAUCACGGAUGAUGAAAAUGAGGCUAGAGAGAGAAACUGUGAUUUGAGUGAUGAAGAAAGUGUCGGAAGGAGGAGAAAAUUGAGGAAAAUCAUAGUUUCUCUUCCUUCAGCCUUCAUAAUCUUUUUUUUGGGUGUGGUUUUGGCCAUUUUAAGAGGGCCUAAAGUGGUCAAGGGGUUUAAAUUUGAGCCAUCUUCUAUUGAAAUUGUGAAGAUUUCAAAGCAUUCGUGGAAGGAAGGGUUCGUAAGAGGUACAGUCCCUCAAUUGUCAUUAUCGGUCCUGAAUUCAGUCAUUGCUGUUUGUAAGUUGUCGACUGAUCUUUUUCCGGGAAAGGACACGUCAGCAACAUCGAUUUCUGUGACAGUGGGGGGGCUAGCUGGGCAGUACAAAUUUAGGGGGAGGAGUGGUGGUUGUGUGGCACUUCUUGGUGCAGCUAAGUUAGUUUUGGGUUUGGUUUUGGGCAGCUCUUUGGUCAAGGUUUUGAAUCAAUUUCUUGUGGGAGUCUUGGGAGUUCUUUUUUUGUUUGCUGGGAUUGAAUUGGCCAUUUGUUCAAGGGACAUGAACUCCAAAGAAGAGUCCUUUGUGAUGCUUCUGUGCACUGCUAUUUCUCUAGUGGGCUCCAGUGCAGCACUUGGCUUUAUUUGUGGGAUUGUUGCUCACCUGUUUCUUAGGUUAAGAAAUUGGGGUCAUGAUCAAUCUUGUUCCACACUCUGGGUGCAUGGAAACCCAUAG